AUGUCUGAGCACGGCUUGAACAAUGGCAGCAGCAACAACCAAGCCUCCAACCAAGCGCUUGCCGUAGCUAUUGCAGCCCAGAUUAUGCAACCUAUAGCGGUUCAAUUCCAAGCCCAGGAAGCGCGUUUCAAAGCCCUUCAAAGCAACCUGCAUACGAUGAUGGCUGGGGGAGCUCCUCAACCAGUUCCGCCGCCAGCUGCCCCAUCAAAUGGGCCUUGUUUGCACCGGAGAGCCAGCAACACAACAAACCCUUGCCCAGAUAAGACCUCAGAGAAUCAUAUGAGAAAAAUCUCUACCAAAAUCAUCCUUUGGGCUUGCGGUAUGGAACAGCUGAAGGAUGCACGACUUGGGCUCACUCCGGAGCAACUUCAAGAGCGGAUGCGUACUAACCCACCUGUACCCUGGGAUCCCGACUGGCUCAAAUCAAUCAACGACGCAGCAAACAAGUUCUGGCGUGAUAAAAUGAUUCUUGCAGUGUUAACAGAUGACAAGGCGAUUGGUUUAGUUGACAAGGGGAAUAUCAAGCGACAGUUCUGGACAGAGGACUGUCUAGUCAAGUACAUUCUGAAACCAAUGUGGAGCGCAGCAAGGAGGGAGGCUAAGAAGCUUGUGGAUGCCAACGCUGCAGCCCGAGGCAGAGCUAACCAUUCAAAGACCAAUCAAGAUGGAUGUAACAAGCGGCUGUGCAAAGCACAAGCCAAGUUGGCUACCGGAAACAACACGGUCCCAAGGUUGGAGUACAAGAUUGAUGGCAAGAUGCGUCACAUCCCACCUGAGCUGAUGGUUGAGGAAGUUAUGUCCAACGUAGUUGAUGACCAGGCCAUCCCAAGUUUGCUUAUGAAGGUUGUCCUCCAUUCUUUUGCCGUUGAGAGCCUUGGAAUGAAGAAGAAUGGGUAUGGGAUUGAAGCGCGCUAUUAUGCUGGUAAGAUAACCCGCGGUCAGCAUAACAAUGUGGACCCCAAGAUGGCUCCCAAGAUCCCAACUUCAAAGCUCUACCGUUGCCACCUAUCUAAAGAGUGGUUUGAUCGACUUUCCAAAGCCCAGCGCAGGGUGCUCAAACCAAGUCCGGCGGGAUGGGAGGUUGAUGAGGAGCGGGUUGCAGUUGGAACAUUGCAGCAAUAG